AUGUCCUUCGAUACUUUGCAAAAUUCGCGCACUAUUCACAAAAUAUUGACUUUUGUCGGCCUUUGGAUCGAAGGCGAUAUAAAGCGGGUGCCAGCGCUUGUGAUUAGUCUGCUUAUACAUGUGCCUCUGACAUUUACCUACACGCUGCUUAUGUGGAUGGAGGUUAUAGCUAGCACCGACAUUACCCAGGCCACUGACGUCCUCUAUGUUGCAUUGACUGAGACCGCCCUAAUUGUUAAAAUUCUCAGUAUACUGCGCCGCAGGCAUCUGGCCAAAUCCAUGUUCAGGCAAUUACGAUAUGAUGACAAAUUUCAACUUAAAAAUGUCCAGGAGCACAUGAUGUGGAGGAGAUCCUUUAAAACCUUUGGCAUUGUAUCCUCUUUGUAUAUUACAACCAGUCUCAGUGUGGUGUGGAUUGCUUUUACGGUCCCCCUGUUUCUCAAGGAGUAUACGCUGCCGUUUCCAUUCUGGACACCAUUCGACUGGCGCCAACCGAUCUACUACUGGUAUGCCUAUAUCUACGAAGUACUGGCCAUGCCUCUGACCUGUUUGUCAAACUGCACCCUAGAUAUGUGGCAGUGCUACAUAAUGCAACAUUUGGCUGCAUGUUUGCGGCUGAGUGCCAUGCGCCUGCAAAAGCUAGGCCACGCAAAUGAGAACGAUGUGGAAGCAACAGAGACGGUGAUUUGCAUCAUACAACUGCAGCAGGAAGUGAAGAGAAUGUCUUUGAUAUGCGAACGCAUUGUUUCGAGUCCAAUUUUCGCUCAGAUUUUGCUAAGCGCCUUAGUGUUAUGUUUCAGUCUAUAUCGGCUGCAACAUUUUAACAUUCUCGACGAUUUGGGCAGUUGCCUGGGUUUGAUUCUGUACGCCAUCUGCAUGACACUGCAGAUUUACCUGCCCUGCCAUUACGCCCAUCAGUUAACAUUUGAAUCUUCACUAUUACUGGACAGUAUCUUUAGCUGCAAUUGGACAACUAUGUCGCCAUAUAAUCGGCGCCUGAUACUCCUGUACAUGAAUUAUUUGAAGAGACCAAUCAUCCUUAGGGCUGGAAAGGUAUUUAACAUUGGUCUGCCGACUUUUACAAAGACUAUAAACAACGCGUACAGUUUCUUCGCUUUGCUACUCAACAUGGACUUAAUGUAAUGGGAUUCGUUUAAUGUUAUCUCUUCUAUGGCAUCGAUCUCAAAUAUAAAAGGAUUUUGACUUGGUAUCCUUUGAGGACAUAGAACACAAAUGCAUUGUUACUAGAACCUAGUGAACACUCUUUUUAAUAUUGCAAUUCUGCUUUAGAUGUUACUUUGAAAAAUCACACCCAACUUUAUUUUCUUAUCGCUCUUUUAAUUGCAGUGGAAAAUUUUCUCUUAAAUCCCUAAUAUUGGCGAAUACCAAAGCUUGUCUAGGCUCAUAUAAAGGAAAACCUAGGAGAAAUAUUCGCCCGCCUUAGUACCACUGUGUGUUACAGUUUACUUUGUGCACAACAGAUUAAUUUAAACUUUUAGGUGGGUAGGAAACAAAGUAAAAUCUUUUUCUACACGGUAGACACGUUCCUAAAAAAUUCAACUAAAUCAAAAAAGUAACAAAAAAAAUUCACGGCUCAUAUGUGAAUUCUGAGAUACACAAAAAAUCGGGGAAAAUGAAAAAACUCAAAUAUAUCCAUUAAAAACCGUACAAAAUACUGACAUUACC